ACUCGAGCCCGGGCGGGGGGACUCUGCGGGAAGCCGGGCUGUUCCUCCGCGGAGAAGAGGGGGGCUCCCUCUCCUCACCUCUCUUCCCCUCCCUGCCGGGCAGGCGCGAUGGCGGAAGCCGCGGCGACCGGCGCUGGCGGCGAGGCGAUGGCGGCGGCGGAAGGCUCCCUGGGCGCCGCGGGCUUGUCUCUCGGCCGCAGCUUCUCCGGCUACCGGCCCUUCGAGCCCCAGGCGCUGGGCCUCAGCCCGAGCUGGCGGUUGACGGGCUUCUCCGGCAUGAAGGGCUGAGGCUGCAAGGUCCCCCAGGAGACGCUGCUCAAACUCCUGGCGGGACUGACGCGGCCCGACCCGCGGCCCCCGCUGGGCCGGGGCCUGGUGGGAGGCCAUGAAGAGGCCGCCCAGGAAGCCGGGCUGCCGGCCGGCGCGGAACCCAGCCCAACCUUUCCAGCCUUGGGCAUCGGGUUGGACUCCUGUGUCAUUCCCCUGCGGCACGGGGGCCUGUCGCUGGUCCAGACCACGGACUUCUUUUACCCCUUGGUGGAAGAUCCCUACAUGAUGGGGCGCAUCGCCUGUGCCAAUGUGCUGAGCGACCUGUAUGCCCUGGGCAUCACUGAGUGCGACAACAUGUUGAUGUUACUCAGCGUCAGCCAGAGUAUGACUGAGGAGGAACGAGAAAAGGUAACACCGCUCAUGAUCAAAGGCUUUCGGGAUGCUGCUGAGGAAGGAGGAACGGCAGUAACUGGUGGGCAAACAGUGGUAAACCCUUGGAUUAUCGUCGGUGGAGUUGCCACUGUGGUAUGUCAGCCAAAUGAGUUCAUAAUGCCUGACAGUGCCGUUGUUGGGGAUGUGCUGGUGUUAACCAAACCCUUAGGAACUCAGGUUGCUGUCAAUGCCCACCAAUGGCUGGAUAAUCCUGAAAGGUGGAAUAAGAUCAAGAUGGUGGUCUCCAAAGAAGAGGUAGAGCUGGCCUAUCAGGAGGCCAUGUUCAACAUGGCUACCCUAAACAGAACUGCUGCAGGGCUAAUGCACACGUUUAAUGCCCAUGCAGCCACAGAUAUCACAGGCUUUGGCAUUCUAGGACACUCUCAGAAUCUCGCAAAACAACAAAGAAAUGAAGUGUCUUUUGUCAUUCAUAAUCUGCCAAUCAUAGCCAAGAUGGCUGCUAUCAGCAAAGCCAGUGGGCGCUUUGGCCUCCUUCAAGGAACCUCAGCAGAAACUUCGGGGGGAUUACUGAUUUGUCUGCCGAGAGAACAAGCAGCUCGCUUUUGUUCUGAAAUCAAAUCUUCCAAGUACGGAGAGGGCCACCAAGCAUGGAUCGUCGGCAUUGUGGAAAAGGGAAACCGAACUGCCAGGAUUAUCGACAAGCCUCGAGUUAUUGAAGUCCUACCUCGUGGGGCCACUGCUACUGCUCUUGCUCCUGACAAUUCUAAUGCCUCCUCUGAGCCUAGUUCAUGAGAUGGAAUAGAAGAGGAAGUCUGGACUUCAGAGCUGUUGUGCACAAUCAUGAAGGAUCCUCAAAAGUUGAAUUUAAGAAGUUUCCAAAGAAGGCUGCCUGCAUAGUAAUUCCAGCUGCCCUUUACAGGUGAUUUGAAUCAGCCCAUCAAAAGCUGCACAUUCCAAGAUCAGAAGUAACGAUUUGGACUGGGGUGGGGUGGGGGGUGUUCAUCUCUUGCAUAGAAGAGGAGCAGAAAAACCUGUUGCCUCUUUCUAAGAGCAAGAUGGGCCUAUUCAGGUUUGAGGGUUUUUUUUCUUGGCACUGAGUUGAUUCAUUUCUGCACAGGGAGUGAGGUUGUUAAAAUUACAUAUACACAAAAAAAUAAAUUCUAAAAUGAAAAAGUUUAGAUCAGAAGCAAAUAAGUUUGGACCAAUAUUGUUGAUAAAUCUAAAUUGUUAAGAGAGAUCUUAUAAUGCAAUGUCAAUUCUUCAUUAGAUUUUUCUGAAAUGUCUCUUUCUUGCUCUGGACAAGAAUUGAGCAGCUUGUCCAAUGACUGGGAAAGGAAGACCUGUAACCAUCUGACUUGGCCUCUGUUAAUGAUGUCUCUCCUACUAAACCCCUUUAAGGACUGGGAGAGGCAGAGCAAGCCCCAGAGUCCAGGCCUUAAUGGUCAUUAAUAUGUUAAAUCUUGUGAUGAAAAUUCCUCGUGAUUUAACCAAUAAAAGAGUAAUUUCCAGUAAAAUAAAAAGGAUUUGUUGAAAAAUUCUUCUGGUAAAUGUGUGGAUCCUUGGGAUUCUGAAUCUUUUACGUGCUCACAGAAUAAAUCAGUUA